CCCGGUCUCACAAAACCUCUUCCUUUUCCUUUGUGUUUUUGAGAAUCGAGUCUUUCGAUAUCCCUGUGAUGGACACAUAGAGAGAGAAAGUAGAGAGACAAAGAGGAAGAACCAAUGGAUGGAUAUUGUAUGAGAAGAAGUAACACUAUCACCACUUUACCCUCUUUCUCUUCUGUCUAAUCAACAUAUCCCCAUGGCCAUUUCUUCACCAUCAUCAUCUUCAUCUUUCAUGGAUACACUCUUCCUCUGUGAAGAACAAGAUCAUCCAUGGGUGCAUGACAAUGAUGAUGAUGAUGAAUAUGAUUUUACAGAAACCACCCACCAAGAUUCUUCCAUCAAUGUCCACCAAGAUUUCUUCUGGGAAGAUGAAGAACUUGUAUCUCUCUUCACCAAAGAACAACAACAGCUACAAACAACCCCUUGCACUUUGAAUUUUGACAUAACAGACCCUUCUCUUUUGCUUGCUCGCAAGGAGGCUGUGGAUUGGAUCCUUAGAGUCAAAUCCCAUUUCGGUUUCACUCAUCUCACUGCGAUUCUCUCCAUUAAUUACCUCGAUAGGUUCCUCUCCAGUCUCCAUUUCCAGAACGAUAAGCCAUGGAUGAUUCAACUCCUCGCUGUUACUUGUCUCUCACUCGCAGCUAAAGUUGAAGAAACUCAAGUGCCAUCUCUUCUAGAUCUUCAAGUGGAGGACACACAGUACUUGUUUGAGCCGAAAAACAUACAAAAAAUGGAGCUUUUGGUUAUGGCGACCCUGAAAUGGAGGAUGAACCCAGUUACACCAAUCUCAUUUCUUGAUCAUAUCGUAAGAAGACUUGGAUUAAAGACUCAUCUACUCGGGGAUUUCUUCAAGAAAUGUGAAGAUCUCAUCCUGUCCCUAGUCUCUGAUUCAAGAUUCGUGGGUUAUCAACCAUCGGUACUGGCUACAGCUACAAUGCUUCAUGUCAUCGAUCAAGUUGACUUUUUCAACUCUGUUGACUAUCAGAAUCAGCUUCUUGAUGUACUCAAAACCACCAAGGAGAAAGUAAAGGAGUGCCAUGAGAUGAUCAUGGAAGCAUCACAUCCACGUUCCAUAAACCCUAAAAAGAGAAAGCUCCAAGAAGAUGAAACCAUGAGCUUUAAUAGCCCAGUUGGUGAUCAUAUGGAUGCAUGUAUUACAUCAACAUCAUCAUCAUCAUCAUCAUCACCCCAUCACCAUCAUCGUCAACCUCCUAUCAAGAAAAUGGGAAUCAUGCAGCAACAAAGGCUCGGUUUUGCAGCGUUAAGUUGUCAAACGUUUGCUGAUGUCACUUCUAGUACUCGUUAAAUAUAAUUUGUUAGUGUUG